AUGGCAGCAUCCUUCGCUAUUCGACUCAUUUUUUCUUAUCUCUUUGACUGGGCCGUUGUGGUUGUCUUUGCAGCUGCCGGAGGCGUCCUGAAUUAUAUAAGCGGCUACCAUAGACCAUUUUCGCUUACUGACGCCGCCAUUGCCUACCCCAACAAGCCAGAUAUUGUGUCGAUACCGGUCGUCGUGGUCGUCGCCUUACUUGCACCCGCGUGCAUCAUUGCUGUCUUGAAUUUUGGGGGACUAGCUUUCAACCGCAACCACGACCGCACAAGAAAAGAUGCAUGGCGCAGGGUAGUCUGGGAAGCACAUGUCGGCUGGCUGGGCCUCUGCACUGCCCUCGCCGCAACGCUUUUCGUGACUGCGGGAUUGAAGGACAUGGUUGGAAAGCCUCGACCGAAUCUCCUCGCACGGUGUGCUCCCGACUUAUCAAACAUAUCUCAAUAUAUCGUCGGCGGAUUUGGAAACUCGCUGAACUCGGAAGCCGAGUCACUCGUUAGCUCUGCCAUUUGCCAGCAAUCUGAUAAACGGCUCCUUGACGAUAGCUUCGCCGCUUUUCCUUCUGGACAUUCCUCCUUCUCCUCGGCCGGUAUGGUCUACCUCAGCCUGUGGCUCUAUGCCCGCUUAUCGUUAGGAAUCCCUUACCUUGAACUUACUUCGAAGAGAACUCCGCGAGAAACUAGCAGCUGGAACGCACUCGCUUCGGCGAAGGACAAACAAGCAGCGCCACCUCUAUGGCUGACUGGAGCAACACUUGCACCUAUCAUCGCGGCACUGUUCAUCUGUUCUAGCAGAUACGCAGACUUCCACCAUGCGGGAUUCGACAUCAUUGGUGGAGCCAUCAUAGGGACAGUUAUUGGAUGGGCAAGCUUUCGGCUAUACCACCUGCCCGCCCGGCAAGGAUACGGUCCACUCGCCUGGCGUCCUAGGGAGAAGCUCAAGGACUUUGGUGUGGUAGAAAAUGACCGCCCCCGGGACGAAGAGAAUGGUGUAAAUUCCGACUUCGAAUUACGGUAUCUAGGAACAGAAGCUCCAGACCGGGUGUACACUGGUGGUUCAGGAGAACCUAUUCUGGCACCUCGCAGCAUCCAACCAUCCAAAACAAAUUAA